AAACGUACAAUUCAGUUUCUGGUUAGCCAUCAAACGGUGAAGUCGGGUCCGAAAAAAUGGAAAGUUUAAGCGACCGUAUCUUAAGGUUUCGGCCCGAUACUUUGCUUGAAGUGCGAAAAGAAUUGAACCUUGAUAAGCCCGGACGGAUGAACGAAGCUAUCGACAUUUUGGAGGACUGGGUUCAAAAACAGCCGCAUUUUGCUAAGAAGGAUUUUCCUCGAGAAUACCUCGAAAGGUUCAUAGUAAUCUCAAAAGGUUUAGUUGAGAGAGCAAAAGAAAAGCUGGAUAAACUGUGCACUUUCAAAACGCUGAUGCCUGAGUUCUUCAGCCCAAUUGACGUCAAGAAAGAGCUGGAACCUAUUCACCAAAUUAUACACACAGCACAUAUUCCAGAAAUGACUCCUCAGCAUCACAGGGUCUACAUAGCUAAACUUGUCUCCGAAAACUUGGAAUCCGCAUACGUCUUCAGUUAUUACAAAUACUUGACUGCGAUCAGUGAAUACUUGAUGCAGGCUGAAUACUGUGCCGGUUUUCAAAUUAUCUUGGAUUAUUCACAAAUUAACAUUCUUAGCUUCGUGACCAAGAUCAAUCCUAUAGAGCUAAGGCAAAUUGUUACUUUGAUGACUGAAGGCUACGGCUGUCGUAUUAAAGGUAUCCAUGUGAUCUCGUCCUCAAAAAUGGUGGAUACUUUAAUAUCUAUGUUGAAACAAGUGUUCAGUGCUAAACUUGGAGACAGAAUACAUUUACACAAGACAGCGGACACACUGAGCGAUUUCAUUCCUAAAGAGAUCAUGCCUUCAGACUACGGCGGCAAGGAGAAAUCACUUUUGGAGUUGAACAAAGAAUGGGUGGAAGUUGUGGACUCCAAAGAGUUCCAGGAGUACAUGAACAUCAUGAACAAAGCCAACACCAUCGAGUCUUGCAGACAGUCAAGCAAAUUCACCGAGAAUUACGUUGGGAUGCCCGGCUCCUUCAGAGCACUGAGUGUAGACUAAAUUAAGUA